AUGUCGUCCCUGUUUGCAAGGGACGCCAGGAGUGUGGUCAGAGAACUGGGCAGGAGAGGGGAGCUGGUGCCCGCUGACAACCUGAACAGUGCCCCACACCUCAGCCCCUUCUGCCUGGUGAGGAAGAAGCACAGACGCCACCCCUGGCCUUGGGACACCCCCUUCAUCCCUACAGACUUCUCCCUCAUGGAUGCACUGGAGCCCAGCUCCCCCAUCCCAGAGUUGAACCGGAGCCAAUCCAUCCAGACCCGGGAGAUGGUGGCAGGAGCCGUGACGGGGGCCAUGAGUGUGAGCACCGGGCUGCCGGUGCAGGUGACAGGGAACAGUGGGGUGAUCCACAGCUCCACACUGACUCUCCAGGGUCAGAGCCACAUGGCCGAAGAGAAGGCAGUGACCAUCCCUCGGGGCACUGUCCUGGCCUACAGGGUGCUGCAGCUGGGGAUGAGAGAGGACUGCUGGGCUGUUCUGUACCUGCCUGAAAGAAAGCUCGGUCGAGACUUUAGUGGAGCCUUAGCCUACAGUUGGGCCCUCGGUGAGGAGCCCAACUUCCAGGGCCUGCAGAGGCAGGUGGGUGUCCAGUUACAGGACCUGGCCACACUGCCCGCAGAGCUGCGGCACCCGCUGCUAAGUGCCCUCCAAGAGCUGCUCCAAGACCCUCAGGCCCUGCAGGAACUCGAGGACACGAUGGAACAGGCCCUGGACACUGGGGUGCUGGGACAGCUGGUUGGCCCUGGGGGCUUCAUCCUAAGCACCAUCCGGAACCCCUCAGGCAGCCUGUUGACCUCAAAAGGCAGGGCCAUCCUCUGCAUUCUUGGAGCUCCUGUGGUGCUCAGGGACACCCAACAUUGCCUGCUGACCCAGUCCAUGGAGAGAGGGAUCAUGCCCCAGCAGCUGGAGCUGGUGGCGAGUAUCUUACAGCCAAACUUCAAUCAGAUGGAGGAAACCACCUUCUCCCUCCCACUAGAAGUCCUCUCAUCCCUACAGAGUGAGGAUGCAGCCCUCUCCCUGAGCCUGGUGGAGAGCUGUGGACUGGAGCUGCAGGGGACUAGCCAGCAACUCAUGUGGGACCCUGACCUGGUACCACAGCUCUCUGCACUCUAUGGGUCCCUCACAGGGCUGCAGAUGCUGGCUGCACCCAGCCCCGUGGCCCUCUAG